GCAAGUCAUUCAAUUAACUUCCCCUGCUCCAGAGGAACUAGCUGGAUAUCAGUGAAAAGGCAAACUGUCCAGGAGUGGUCACGUGAAUGUGAUAUUUGGCAGGACAACAGAAUUGAGAUCAUAAGCUCCCAACUGAAAGCAGCCUUAACAGGAGCUUUUCACAGAAGGCAAACAAUUAAGGCAAAAUCUAGAGAUGUGGUAGAGACCAGGAAACAAUGCGAAUCAUUUUCUUUGAAUUAAGGAGACCAGUGGAUAAACUGUGCUUCUAGAGUCCUUGCUUCAAAUUUCCCAAAAGAAAGAUUCCUCAUGAUCCUGGGCACUGCAGUGUAUGUGCUACAGCCAGCCAUAACUUGCUCCAGGAAGCCACUUGGCUGCUUUCCCCAUGAGCUGCCUUCAACAUGCAGGUCAAGUUUGGGUACACUGAGUCCCUCAGACCACCACUAGAUUGGGACCAAUGUACAUGCUUCCAGGCAAAAUGAGUGAGAGAGAGAUAAGUGUGUGUCAACAAACCCGAGCCUUAUUAUGCAAGAACAUUCUUAAAAAAUGGAGAAUGAAAAGAGAGACCUUAAUGGAAUGGUUGACCUCAUUGUUCUUGCUACUUUCUUUGUACCUAUUUUCUGAUAUUCAUCAAGUUAAUGAUUUUUCUUCACGGCCUGUCAUGGACAUGGGACGGGUAGAUUCGUUUACCCGUGCUGAAUUUACAAUUGUGUACACACCUGUCACCAACACUACUCAACAGAUAAUGAAUAAAGUAGCUUCAACCCCCUUCAUGGCAGAUAGCAAAAUCUUGGGACUAUCUGAUGAAAAAAGUAUUGAAGAAUUAAUUGAAAAGUAUCCUGAGGAAAUAGUAAGAGUCAUCUUUACUAAUACAUUCUCAUAUCAUUUGAAGUUCUUGUUGGGACGCAGAAUCCCAACAAAGAAGGAGCAUGAGGACCAUGCAGCUCAUUGUUAUGAAUUACAUGGAGAUAUUAACUGUGGAAUUUCAAAAUUCUGGAAGAAUGGUUUUGUGACUCUUCAAGCUUCCAUUAACGCUGCUAUUAUAGAAAUCACAACAAAUCAUUCAGUGAUGGAGAAAUUGAUGUCAGUUACUGGAAAAAGUAUGAAGAUAAAUCCCUUUAUUAGUCAAGGAGGAAUUAUGACUGAUGUCUUCAUUUUCUUCUGCAUCAUUUCCUUUUCCCCAUUCAUUUAUUAUGUAUCCAUCAAUGUUACUAGAGAGAGGAAAAAGAUGAAGGGAGUGAUGGCAAUCAUGGGUCUUCGAGAUUCAGCUUUCUGGCUCUCCUGGGGUUUGCUCUAUGCUGGUUUCAUCUUCAUCAUGGCCCUCUCCUUGGCAUUUAUCGUAACAUCUAUCCGAUUUGUCAUCAUGACUGGCUACCUGGUGGUCUUCACGCUCUUUCUCUUCUAUGGAUUGUCUUUGAUAGCGUUGGCUUUCUUGAUGAGCAUCCUAGUGAGGAAAUCUUUCCUCACUGGCCUGGUUGUGUUCCUUCUCACCGUCUUUUGGGGGAGUCUGGGAUUCACCGCAUUGUACAGACAUCUUCCCAUACCCUUGGAGUGGAUUUUAAGUUUUCUUAGCCCCUUUGCCUUCACCCUUGGAAUGACCCAGCUUUUACGCGUGGACUAUGAUUUGAAUUCCAAUGCAUUUCUUGCUCCAUUGGAGAGCUCAUAUCUAAUAAUAGCAACACAUUUUAUGUUGGCUCUUGAUAUUUUCCUCUAUCUGACAUUGACGAUUUACUUUGAAAAAAUUUUGCCAAAUGAAUAUGGACGACGCCGUUCACCCUUGUUUUUCCUGAAGUCCUCAUUUUGGUCACGACAACCAAAGGCUGAGAAUGUGGCAUUUGAAGAUGAAAUAGAUUCUAAUCCGUCAUCUAAUGACUCUUUUGAACCAGUGUCUUCAGAGUUCCAUGGGAAAGAAGCUAUCAGAAUCAGAAAUGUUACAAAAGAAUAUAAAGGAAAGCCUGAUAAAAUAGAAGCUUUGAAAGAUCUGGUAUUUGACAUAUAUGAAGGCCAGAUCACUGCAAUACUUGGUCACAGUGGAGCUGGAAAAUCAACCUUAUUAAACAUUCUUAGUGGAUUGUCUGUUCCUACCAAAGGUUCAGUCACCAUCUAUAAUAAUAAACUUCCAGAAAUGGCUGACCUAGAAAAUAUCAGCAAGCUUAUUGGAGUUUGUCCACAAUCCAAUGUGCAAUUUGAGUUCCUGACUGUGAAAGAAAGUCUCAGGCUGUUUGCUAACAUAAAGGGGAUUCUGCCAAAAGAAGUGGACAAAGAGGUUCAAAGAGUUUUGCUGGAAUUGGGAAUGAACAAUAUUCCAGAUGUCCUUGCUCAAAACUUAAGUGGUGGACAAAAAAGAAAAUUAACCUUUGGGAUUGCCAUUUUAGGAGAUCCUCAGGUUUUGCUGUUGGAUGAGCCCACUGCUGGAUUAGAUCCCUUUUCAAGAUACCAAGUGUGGAACUUCCUGAAGAAGUGUAAAGCCGACCGUGUGAUCCUCUUCAGUACCCAAUUCAUGGAUGAGGCUGACAUCCUGGCUGAGAGGAAAGUAUUUCUCUCCAAAGGGAUGCUGAAGUGUGCGGGCUCUUCUUUGUUUCUAAAGAAGAAAUGGGGGAUUGGAUAUCACUUGAGUUUGCAGUUGAAUGAAAUGUGUGUUCGGGAAAAAGUAACAUCACUUGUUAAACAGCACAUCCCUGAUGCCAAAUUAUCAGCAAGAAGUGAAGGAAAACUUAUCUAUACAUUGCCCAUAGAAAGAACAAAUAAGUUUCCAGAUCUUUACAAAGAUCUUGAUAGCUGUCCUGGCUUGGGAAUUGAGAAUUAUGGUGUUUCCAUGACAACUUUGAAUGAGGUGUUCCUGAAACUAGAAGGAAAAUCAGCAAUUCAUGAAGCAGAUGUUGGCAUUUUGGGAGAAGUACAAGAGGAGAGAGCUGGGGACACAGAAAGGCUUGUUGAAAUGGAACAAGUCCUUUCUUCACUUGAUGAGAUGAGAGAGACAACAAGUGGCAUGGCUCUCUGGAGACAGCAAAUUUGUGCAAUUGCAAGGGUUCGCUUCUUAAAGUUAAAGCAUGAAAGAAAGGCUCUUCUAUCUCUGCUGUUGAUUCUAGGGAUUGGAUUUUUCCCCCUUCUUUUGGAGUACAUCAUUUUGAAAAUAUAUCAAAGCAGUUAUACUUGGGAACUUUCUCCUCAUACGUACUUCCUUGCUCCUGGACAGCAGCCACGUGACCCUCUCACUCCUUUAUUGAUCAUCAAUAAAACAGGGACAAGAAUUGAUGACUUUAUACAUUCUGUGGAGCACCAGGACAUAGCUUUAGAAGUGGAUACAUUUGGAACUAGAAAUGGUACAGAUGACCCAUCUUAUAACGGAGCCAUCGUAGUGUAUGGCGAUGAAAAGAAUUAUAGCUUUUCAUUAGCAUGUAAUACCAAAAGACUGAAUUGCUUCCCAGUUCUUAUGGAUAUUGUCAGUAAUGGGCUACUUGGAAUGUUUAAACCAUCAGCACGUAUUCAAACUGACAGAAGCACAUUUUAUAGGGAAGAACUAAGUAACCCAUUUGAAGUCCUGGGUCAUACCACGUUCUGGUUGAUUUUGGCAUCUGGUUGUUCUCCUUUUAUUGCAAUGAGCAGCAUUGACGAUUAUAAGAACAAAGCACGGUCCCAGCUACGGAUUUCAGGACUCUUCCCUUCUGCUUACUGGUUUGGGCAGGCGCUGGUGGAUGUUCCAUUAUACUGCUUGAUGUUCAUUUUUAUGUAUUUAAUGGGCUACCUUUUAAACUUCCAAGACACUAUAUUUCAAGUUCUAAAUAAGAUUUUGCAAAUCCCAUGUGCAAUUGGUUAUGCCACAUCACUCAUCUUCUUGACAUAUAUCAUUUCAUUCAUUUUUCAUAAAGGGAGAAAAAAUAGUGGCCUUUGGUCAUUUUGCUUCUAUAUUAUCACCACGAUCUCACUGAUUGUAGUUUUCUUCGAUGUCUUUGGAAGUGGUACAACGCUUUGCAUCAUCUUUUUAAUACCACAUGCCACGUUGAUUGGUUGUUUGAUCUUAUCUUUACGAAUUGUGUUGACUUCUGCCUUUAUUGAAGAACGAAGUGACGUAGAGCCAUUUCUGGUGUUCCUAAUACCUUUCCUUCAUUUUAUCAUCUUCCUUUUUAUUCUUCGAUGCCUGGAAUGGAAGUUUGGAAAGAGAUCAAUGAGAAAGGAUCCUGUCUUUAGAAUCUCUCCAAGAAGCAAUGAUGUGAGUCAAAACCCAGAAGAGCCAGAAGCAGAGGAUGAAGAUGUUCAGACGGAAAGAGUUAGGACAGCCAGUGCUUUGAGCUCCACAAAUCUUGAUGAGAAGCCAGUCAUUAUUGCCAGCUGUCUACGCAAGGAGUAUGCAGGGAAGAGGAAACAUUGCUUUUCCAAGAGGAAGAAAAAGAUAGCCACAAGAAACAUCUCUUUCUGUGUUAGAAAAGGUGAGGUUUUAGGAUUAUUAGGACACAAUGGAGCUGGUAAAAGUACAUUCAUUAAGGUGGUAACUGGAGACACAAAACCAACUGCAGGACAGGUGCUACUAGAGGGGAGCAGCGGCGGGGACGCCCUGGGGUUCCUGGGGUACUGUCCGCAGGAGGACGCGCUGUGGCCCGGCCUGACGGUGCGGGAGCACCUGGAGGUGUUCGCCGCGGUGAAGGGGCUGAGGAGAGGAGCCGCCGAGGCCGCCAUCGCUCGGCUGGUGGAAGCGCUCAAGCUGCAGGAGCAUCUGAAGGUCCCCGCGAAGGCCUUACCCGAGGGGAUAAAGAGGAAGCUGUGCUUCGUGCUGAGCAUCCUGGGCGGCCCCGCGGUGGUGCUUCUGGAUGAGCCGUCGACGGGCAUGGACCCCGAGGGGCAGCAGCAGAUGUGGCAGGCGAUCCGGGCCACCAUUAGAAACACGGAGAGGGGCGUCCUCCUGACCACGCACUACAUGGCAGAGGCCGAGGCCGUGUGCGACCGCGUGGCCAUCAUGGUGUCGGGAAGGCUGAGAUGCAUCGGUUCCAUCCAACACUUGAAAAGCAAAUUUGGCAAAAAUUAUCUGCUGGAGAUGAAGGUGAAGACCCCGGAACGAGGGGAGCUCCUCCACACGGAGAUUCUGAGGCUUUUCCCCCAGGCUGCUCGGCAGGAGAGGUAUUCUUCGGUGAUGGUUUAUAAGUUGCCGGUGGAAGAUGUGCGACCUUUAGCUCAAGCUUUCUUCAAAUUAGAGAACGUUAAACGGAGCUUCAACCUGGAGGAGUACAGCCUCUCCCAGUCAACCCUGGAGCAGGUUUUCCUGGAGCUCUCCAAGGAGCAGGAGCUGGGUGAUUUUGAGGAAGAACUUGAUCCCUCCAUAAACUGGAUGCUCCUCCCACAGGAAGAGGCUUAAAGCGCCAGAUACCCCGUGUUUCCAUUUAAGCUUAUGGUUGCUUUUUUAAGGCAUUUAUUUUAUAUACUCAAUGUCAUAUUUGAAAAACUACAUUAUAAACCCUGCAGUGGUUCUUGGUGUGGUAGGAGAGGAGUAUUGAAUGAAGUAUUGAAAGGGGCCAUUGGCCAAGCAGACCUCUCGGUCAGAGACUUUGUAUCUGGGCAGGCCACCCCUGGUUCCAUUUUUCUGUAUAAUGUUGAAUAAGUAAAUUUACUUUUAUAAGAAAUAAGAUUCUGAGUAUGAUAAAUACACUGUGUUUAAAUUUUUUAUCGAAACCUUAAACUAUAUUUUUCCUAACCUAGGUUGAAAAGUCCAUAUAUUUACUCUUCUGGAAGUUUGAUAGUCUGUAAAGUUGAUCUUUUAGUAAGACUUCAAAUGACCAUGUCAAAAAAUAUCAUACUUUGUAAAAUAGAUUUUACUGUGCUUUCUUAUGGCUAAAAACACUGAAAUGUCGUUAGUCAUAGUAUCUGAUGUCAAUAUAUUUGAUAGCAUGUCCACCUGGUCACACUAUCGCUGAUAAAGACACAGUCUGGAAAACUAAAAAAAUGCCACUAGGAAUUUAUUGUACUUUUUUUUAUUUCUGUAAACCAACUGAAUCUCAUUUUCAUUUUAUUUUUAAAUCUAGGUUUUAGAAAUGCUUAUAACUGACCUGGAGAUAUUUGUCACUUGGUCUCAGAAAACUGAUAACUGUAGUGAAAGAUCAAAUAACCAAGUGGGUAGAAAAUGUAAAGUCUCAUAUAUUUAGUUUUGAAAAAUGUUUUUCUUGGCCCUAUCAUCUCCUUUUUACAAAUUUCACUGAGAUCUAGGUGAAACUAAUUUCUAAUAUAAGCUUAUUUGAUGAUAAACUGGUAAUGGUAUAGAUAAGGACUCGCACAAUAGGUUCUUCUGUUACACUAGCAUUUAGGCUAAUGUUUUGAAUAUUGGCCUGUUACCCUUGUUUGCCAGGUAUAAUAAUAAAUCUCAAUUCCAGUUA